AUGGAAAAAGUAUUUGGUUAUAAGGAUUACUUAUUCAAAAAUUGUGAAACUUCCGGAUUUUGUAAUAGAAAUAGACACUUUGCUAAUAAUAUUAAAGAAAACCCCAAUUAUAAAUCAAAAUAUGCAAUAGAUCCACAGUCUAUACAUUUUAAAUCUGAGGAUUUCAUAGUAAAUGGGAAUAUUUUGAAAGAGGUUGAAGGAAUCAAUGAAGAUAUUGUAUUGCCAUUCGAAUUAUCAUUGUUGGAUAAGAACAAUAUAAGAAUUAAGGUGGAUGAAGAACAAAGAAAAAAGAUAAACUUGAAGAAUAAGCUUGUGAAUACUGAUAGAUAUAACGAAACUCCCAAUUGGUCGUUUCAGUCUCUGAAUUUGUCGUACGAAAAUAGAUCAGGCACUAAAUAUGACCAACAGAAAGAUAGGUUAGUGAUUGAAUACGGAACUAAAGGGCAAUACAAGGCAGAGGUUUUAUACAACCCAUUUAAGAUAAUAGUCUACCAUGACGAGGAAAUCCAAUUCAUAGUUAACGAUAGAAAUUUCUUAAACUACGAGCAUUGGAGACCUGAAUCAUCGAACGCAGCACAUUUGUCAAGUGAAGAAUCAGACUUCAACAUGUUUCAUGAUGACUUCCAUGAUUCUAGAAAUGAUAGGAUUCCAUUAGGGCCGGAAUCAAUUGGCUUGGAUUUUACAUUUGAAGGUUUCAAACAUGUUUAUGGGAUCCCAGAGCAUGCGGAUGAUUUCAACUUGAAAGACACAACUGACUCAGAUUUACCUUACAGACUCUUUAAUGUUGAUAUAUUUGAAUAUGAGACAAAUUCCAGGAUGCCAAUGUAUGGUUCAAUUCCAUUUUUAAUGGGACUGAAGCCGGGAGUGUCAAUUGGAUUAUUUUGGAUUAACAGCGCUGAUACGUUUGUUGACAUAGAUAAAACUUCAUCUGAUAAGGAUACAAAAACACACUGGAUCUCUGAAAAUGGAAUAUUAGAUGUAAUGAUUAUGAUUGCAGAGAAUCCAUGGGACAUAAAUGAGAGUUAUGGCGCCAUUACUGGUUAUGUUCAAUUACCACAGUUAUUUUCAUUGGGUUAUCAUCAAUGUAGAUGGAAUUAUAACGAUGAAAAAGAUGUUCUCGAAAUUAAUUCAUUAUUUGAUAAACACCAGAUACCAUACGAUGUGAUUUGGUUGGAUGUUGAAUAUGCAGAUGCUAAGAAGUAUUUUACCUGGCAGACCGAAAAAUUUCCAAACCCAGAAAGAAUGCUAGCAGAGCUAGAUCAUACUGGCAGAAACUUGGUGGUUAUUAUAGAUACCCAUUUAAAAACAGAUUAUCACAUAAGUGACCAAGUAGAAAAGGAGAGAAUAAGCAUUAACGAUCCCCAUAAUAACACAUUCCAUGGCCAAUGCUGGCCAGGGGAAUCGGUUUGGAUUGAUACAAUGAAUCCAAAUUCGCAAUCAUUUUGGGAUAAACAAUUUGAAUAUUCUACAGAUAAUGAAUUUAUGGGAAAAUUAUCUACAAACAUAUAUAUUUGGAAUGACAUGAAUGAACCAUCAGUUUUUGACGGUAUUGAAACCACAUCACCAAGAGAUAAUCUUCAUUAUGGUGAUUGGGAACAUAGAUCGGUACACAAUGUAUUUGGCUUGACAUUCCACGAAGCAACGUACAAUUCUUUAAUAAAGAGGUUAUCUACAACCGAUAGACAGAGACCCUUUGUAUUGACCAGAUCAUAUUUCGCAGGUUCUCAAAGAACAGCGGCAAUGUGGACUGGUGACAAUAUGUCUAAAUGGGAAUACUUAAAGGUUUCUAUUCCAAUGCUUUUGACUUCUGGAGUUGCUGGCAUGCCUUUUGGAGGAGCAGAUGUAGGUGGGUUUUUUGGAGACCCCGCUAAAGACUUGUUAACCAGAUGGUAUCAGACAGGUAUCUGGUAUCCUUUCUUUAGAGCACAUGCACAUAUAGAUUCAAGGAGAAGAGAACCUUGGGUUGCAGGUGAUCCAUAUACCUCAAUAAUGCGUGAUGCCAUUAGAUUGCGUUAUUCAUUAUUACCAAUUUUCUACACCAGCUUUUAUGAAUCGAGUAUUAGUGGUUAUCCCGUUUUGAAACCUUUAUUUUACGAAACUCCAGAUAAUUUAGAAAGUUACGACAUUGAAGACCAGUUUUUCUUGGGUAACUCAGGUUUAUUGGUUAAACCUGUUACCGAAGAAGAUGCAAAACAUAUUGACAUCUACUUACCAGAUGAAGAAGUUUAUUAUGAUUAUACCAGUGGUAAUAUCUCCAAUACAUUUCAAAAGUUUUCUGGCCCAGGAUUUAUUUCCAAGUCCGUUGAAUUAUCAGACAUACCAAUCUUAUUGAAAGGUGGUUCUAUCAUUGCCAAGAAAGAUAGAUAUCGUAGAUCAUCCAAAUUAAUGGCUCGCGAUCCAUAUACUUUAACCGUUGCAUUAGGUAGUUCUGGUAAAGCUAUUGGUAACUUAUAUAUUGACGACGGUGAAACCUUUAAUUAUAAACAGGGAGAAUAUGCAAACAUAUAUUUUACGGCUACAAGUGAUUCAAUUAAGGGGGAAAUCAGUGGUGAUGUGGGAUACAUCAGAAGUCUAGAUGAUAUCUAUAUUGAAAAAAUUAUUGUAUUAAAUGUUGAGGAUUUAAGUUAUAUUGGAAUCAAGCAAGAUGGUUCCCAAUGGGAAGCUAAUUUCAGAAAUAUAGAUGGCAAUUUGAUUAUUGAAAACCCCAAAAUAAAGUUGAGUUCAGAAUGGGCUAUUGAAAUGCAUGAAACAAAAUUUACUGAGUCAGACCUUAAAAACUCUAAAAACUCCAAUAAAAGCCUCAAAUUGGACACAAAAUCAAGUUCACCAUCUUUAUCUCCAACAGCCAUUACAUAUACCGGUAUAAUAGCCUUAGUAAUUGGCCUCAUUUUCUAUAAAUUGAGAAGCGGUGUUCGUGUUUAA